ACGUGAAAGCCCACGGCAGUCUCUCCUCUCUGUCCACGGCGUUUAGCGGAAAACAGUUGGCCGCUGCCGCUCUCCCACAUCUACGCGUUACAUUUCACUCAUUUUGCAGCGGAGCCGCGGAGGCAACGCGGGGACAAAUAUCGCCGUCCGUGCGGCAGCAGCUCGACACAUUGCUGCGUGCUUUCAGACAGACAGGGAAAAGAAGAAUGUGUGGAUGCUGAAGAGUCACAUGCUCGGUUGACUUUUCUGAACACGGAGCUGCCGUCCGCUUUAGUCCAGAUCGCCAAUUGUCCAGCGACCUCCGCACCAUGUCUGUAGAGGGGGAAAACAGCGUGCCCGUAUCUGCCGACACCAACUCCCCGUCGCCAACCUGCAACACCCCGCCCAGCUCCCCCGGGACUGCCGCCUCAAGAGUGCCCUUCAAGAAAGAGAAGAAGAAGGUUCUAGAAAAGACUGACGAGUACCUGCUGGGCAGGUUCCAGGGAGAUGGUGUCAGGUACAAGGCCAAGCUGAUCGGAAUCGACGAUGUCUCGGAUCCUCGCGGAGACAAGAUGUGCCAGGACUCGAUGAUGAAACUGAAGGGUAUGGCGGUAGCUGCUCGGUCCCAAGGCAAGCAUAAACAGAGGAUCUGGGUCAACAUUUCCAUGUCGGGUAUAAAGAUCAUCGACGAGAAAUCAGGAGUGAUUGAACACGAGCACAUGGUGAAUAAGAUCUCCUUCAUUGCCAGAGAUGUGACGGACAACAGGGCCUUCGGGUACAUUUGUGGAGCAGAAGGGCAGCAUCAGUUCUUUGCCAUCAAGACUGCACAACAGGCAGAGCCUUUGGUCAUUGAUCUUAAAGACCUGUUCCAGGUCAUCUUCAACAUGAGGAAGAAAGAGGCCGAGUCCUCCCAGAAGGCUGCAAAUGGCGGCAGCGCAGUCGUCGAGAAUGGAAACGGUGCUCUAGACAAUGCAGCAAAAACUGGCCACCCGGUGGAGCAGCUUGACCUUUUUGGAGACAUGUCGACCCCUCCAGACAUCCAGACUCCGAACGACUCUAAUGACAUUCUCUUGCUGGACUUUUCCGCUGAAGCUGACAGCAAUCAGAAUUGCAUUUCUUCAAAUUUUGGCUACUUCCCAGCUCCAGACAGUGACCCUUUCAGAGACGACCCCCUUUCUAAAUCGCCCGCUAGUUUUGCACCAGAGGAGGCACAUACCUCCAUCACCAAUAACCAACUAAACGGCAGCACUGGUAAGACAUUGUUUAACGACGGGUUGAGCGGAGCAGAACAUCUCAGUCAGCGGAUAAAUGUCUUAUCCAGCGAGUCCAUGAUUCUUGCUCUCAAUAAUGGACAUUGGCCACUAGGGGGAGAUAUAUCUCAGGGCAAUGCAAUAACCAUGAUGGAUGGGAAUGAGUCUGGUCAAGUUUCAGCCCUAAACCCCUUCUUCAUGACCUCUUUGAAAACCUCCAACUCUGACGCCGUAAGUCAUUUCCCAGAACCACCAGCAACUGAUAGAAAGGACUCGGUGGUCUUAAACCCGCCUCCACAGAGCUCUAAGUCUGGACGAGGUCGAAGGAGUGCAAAGUCAGCAUCUAGUGACCUGUUUGGAGCAGAGUUGUUCUCUGCUCCUUGUGAGGUGGCUUCCAGUCCUGCUGAGCUCUUCAGCAGUUCCUCCACCAACGCUGCUCCUUCCAACAUCGCUGCUCUGGGCAAUCUUCAGUUGGGCCCACCCGCUGCCACGAGUGUUCCUCCUAUGGGGAUAUGGGGAGCCCCCGCGGGUGUGCCCGCCAUGUUCCCCGUACCCGGAGUCACCGUUCCAGGCCCGAGCCCAGGUUUUCCGCAGCAACCUGGCUUUGGUGCUCCCAUGCCACCCCCAGCCUGGGGCCAACAGAUGCCGCCAUCUCAUUUUAGCCCCCCGCCUCUGUCUCCGCCCCAUCUUUCUUGGGGGCAGCCCGCUGGGCCCAAUCCUUUCCAACCCGGUGCGUUCCCAACAAUGGGAGACCAGCAGGGUCCAGCCCGCCCCCCUCCAAAGGCACCUGCCAAGGCAGCACCUCGAGAGAACAGUGCCUUCACGGCUUUGGAUCCACUCGGAGAUAAAGAAAAGAAGUCUGGAAAGGACAUGUUCAGGGACUUCCAGCUUGCCAAACCCCCUGCCAUCCCAGCAAGGAAAGGGGAGAUCAUGCCCGAAGCCGCCGUAUCUCCCAGCGAUGAGUCGAACACGUUUGAUCAGUAUUUUUCCAAUAAAGUGGGCCUUGCUCAGGAUGUUGCAGAUCACGAUGACUUCGACAUCAACCAGAUUUCCGGAUUUGCUAACAACGAAGCUCCUAAUCCAGCUCCGGCCCCAACGACUGCCCCGGUUGCAAGCAUUAACCCUGAUCUCCUCAGUGCUGCCUUCUCUUCUGCUCCAGUUUUGGACCAUUCAGUACCGUCACAGGGACACAAUCUCAAUCAGGACAUAUUUGACCAAGCCUUUGGGGCCCCUGAUUCCAGUCCAUUUGGAGCCCCUUCUGUAGCCACGAAUCCCUCCGUUGCUCCCGCUUCUGGUUCAGCAGAUCCUUUUGGAAAUGCAUUUGGAAAUCCCUUUGCUUAACUACAAAUGUGUCCUUUUCUAUAUGAAAGGGAGUUAGAGACCAAAUGGAGAUCCCAGCAGCAAACACCUUUUUGGAAAAAGCUGCUCUGUGCAAGACAAUCCAAACGAUGAACUCUUCUCACACUCGUUCCUCACCCUCCCUUCUUUUUCCUUAGCCACUUCUCGUGGGUUGUCUUGUUCCCCGUUUCCGAUCCCACAAGUGUUUGUCGUGAUCUGCUGAAAGAACAUUGAGGUUCACUUCUGUUGUAUCUGUUGAAGAAAAUAAAUCAUAACACUGCAA